AUGCCUAGCGCUGACGUUGAUCCCCGGAUCCAUUUAUGGAGGAACCUCCUAGGCAACAAUAAAAAGACCUGGGUCCUCUUUGAACACGGAACGUGCUUGAUCCUGAUGCAACCAGAAUCCGACUUGGGCAAACAAGCACGUGAAAUCAUGUCGACCGACGGUCCUGUUCGCGUUGGCAGCGCUAUGGGUGAUUUUUCCGCCCGACAACCGAUUGAUCCUUUUACUGGAUGGAUCGUAACCGGCCAUCAUCCAGAUAUGGUCAAUUAUAUUGCACCCGAGGACGAUAGGCUGAAUGGCGAAGAAAGUGGGUUUAUAGUGGGCAUGUUGGGUAGAACCAAUCGCGAUGAGGAUUCGAAGUCCUUGAAUAUUGUCCAUAUAGAAGACAAUAGGUGA